GUGUAGAGAUUAGCUUUGGCUAGCCGCUUGUUAGCCGAUGUUGUUUUCCCACCAGCAGGCUGAACCAAAGCGCUUCGUUAGUUAGCAUCCUGUCUCAGGGAUCAGUGAAGGCCCUUUUGUUUCAUGCCGGCUAAUGCGGGGUUUAAACAACACAGCACCGAAUCAACUUGAGGUAUCUUUAGUUAGUUUGUGUCGCAGAUGAGAAGUAACAUAACUGAUUAUGUAACAUGAAGAUGAGGUCAUGAAGGAUCCUGUGAUAACCUAAAAAUCACCCAUCUGUGCACAUUUCAACCAUUCAAGAGUGCUUUAAGGACGUGAGUGAGUGGUACCACAGAGCCAGCGAUGUCACGGGUUCCCACCCCUCCUCCUCCUGGGGAGAUGUCAAGUGGACCUGUGGCAGAAAGCUGGUGUUACACACAGGUCAAAGUUGUGAAGUUUUCCUACAUGUGGACCAUAAACAACUUUAGUUUUUGCAGAGAGGAAAUGGGAGAAGUGUUGAAGAGCUCAACCUUCUCUUCUGGCCCUAAUGACAAAAUGAAAUGGUGUCUGCGAGUCAAUCCAAAGGGACUUGAUGAUGAAAGCAAAGAUUAUCUGUCAUUGUAUUUACUUCUUGUUAGCUGUCCAAAAAGUGAAGUCAGAGCAAAGUUCAAGUUUUCUUUGUUGAAUGCUAAAAGAGAGGAGACAAAAGCAAUGGAAAGCCAAAGAGCAUAUAGAUUUGUCCAAGGCAAAGACUGGGGCUUCAAAAAAUUUAUAAGGAGAGAUUUCCUCCUUGAUGAAGCCAAUGGACUUUUACCAGAUGACAAGCUCACCCUGUUUUGUGAGGUAAGUGUUGUCCAGGAUUCUGUUAACAUUUCGGGCCAGUCCAACAUGAACAUGCUGAAGGUACCAGAGUGUCAGCUGUCUGAUGACCUGGGGAACCUGUGGGAGUGUUCACGCUUCACAGACUGCAGCCUCUAUGUGGGAGGGCAGGAGUUCAAAGCCCACAAAUCCAUCCUUGCAGCGAGGUCACCAGUUUUUAAUGCUAUGUUUGAACAUGAAAUGGAGGAGAGUAAAAAGAACCGUGUUGACAUUAGUGAUGUAGAUCCUGAUGUCUUUAAGGAAAUGAUGGGCUUCAUCUAUACGGGGAAAGCACCUAAUUUGGAGAAAAUGGCAGACAAUUUGCUGGCAGCUGCAGAUAAAUAUGCUCUUGAGCGUUUAAAGGUUAUGUGUGAAGAGGCCUUGUGCAACAGCCUUUCAGUUGAGAAUGUAGCCGACACCCUCAUCCUGGCUGACUUGCACAGUGCCGAGCAGCUCAAAGCACAAGCCAUAGAUUUUAUCAACAGGUGCAGUGUCCUGAGACAGCUGGGCUGUAAAGAUGGAAAGAACUGGAAUAGCAAUCAUGCUACAGAUAUAAUGGAGACUGCAGGCUGGAAGUCAAUGAUCCAGUCCCAUCCUCACUUGGUAGCCGAAGCCUUUCGUGCCCUGGCUUCAGCACAGUGCCCACCCUUCGGUCUUCCCAGGAAGCGCCUAAAACAGUCUUGACUGCCUGACUGUGUCCCAGGACUUUACUGGAGGUGUGAAGCAUGGGUUUAUAAAAGAAGGACUAGCAAGGGUACCACUCUUUAUUUCCACCAAAACUGAACACACUUGAAUAAAGAAGAGUGGGGUUUUUCUGGCCAGGGAUGUGGGGAGGCUGGCACGUGAAAGACUGACAUCAAUUGAUUUCUGGGGGCGGGGCGGGGGAAUUGGUUCACUUGGUGUUGCUUGCUUGCUUUGCCACCCGAACUGAAUUUUGUUCAGACUGGGUAGCAAGUCAGGCUGUCUGCUACAGUUUUAUUUUUCCUGUAAUUUUCAAAAUGGCCUUAAUAUAUCUGCCAUUGCUCUGGAGCUGCUCUGGAGUACUUUGUCUAUUUUACUCUGUGCCUGCCUUGUCACAAAGACCAGGCCUCCUCCAGGUUGCACUAGUUCCCAUGAAUAGUCAUUUUGAUAUGGAGUUCUAUAGGAACGUAACAAAGGUUUAACUAAAUGGGAAAUAUUAUAUAUUUGUAAUGUUUAGCCCAUUUUGUGACUAGACAUUAAAAAGCAUGAACACUUUCAGUGCAAGGUCAGUUCUUUACACUUUUUAAAAGAUGUGUAUGCCCCAUAUUGAUGGCACCAUUUCUAUGUAAAUGACAGUUGAACCAUCUUCAAAAGACCAAUGUACAAGAAAGUGUGUCCUAUUGCAUAUUUGUGGGGGGAAAUAGUGAUCUGUCAUUAUGAAGACCGUGUCGAUCCUUGUGAAACAUGUAAGACAGAAAAGUGUCUGUACUUUGGCCCUAAUAUAUUAAAACAUUGGAAGUAUAUGGACAUAUUUACUCAGUCUCCCAUUGGAAUGACAUAUUCCAGAUCAUACGUCUGUGAAGUGUUAUAGAUUCAAUUUUGAGAAUUUGUUUAUUUAGUAUUGCCAACUUGCAGAUAUUAUAUAUUCUCAAUAUAUUGUGGUUAACUAAAAGUGGAGAGACUAAUGCAUGGUCAUGUUAUUGUCAAAAGAAAGUGUCCAAGUACCAAUUUUGUUUUUAACCAUUUUUUUUCUGCAAUUAUCUGACAUAUUUGUGCAGAAUAAAAUUAAUUGAGUAUGUGCAAAAUCUUCCUCUAACAUGCUUGGAUAUCUGUAGGAUGCUGAGCAUCAGUUCUACUGGCAAUGUUAUUCUGUGUUCGAAUGAGGGGGUUGUCAUUUUUAUUUGGUCCGUCUUAUAUGUUGUGUGGCGUGACAGACACUUCAGAGGAUUUUGUAAAUUAAGAGUAGCAUCAUUUUUACAUGAUAUUACUCAUCAUUCAGCGUCAUGUUGAGAUGUUGAAACUUUGGAAGCAAAAAAAAGAUGAAGUUGUUGUCUGCAAGAAUGCCUGCAUUAACCCAUUAAAACAUUUUCCAGCAGUCUGAAGUGGCCUAGGU